AUGAAGAAUAACAAGGCGAAGCAAGUGGUCUUGGAGGGCAGCUUGGCCACCUUUUCGGAUAUCGAUUGGUACGCAACUGCGGCUACAACUGCGGAACAAACAAAAAAGGAAACUAUUUCUAUAUUAGCCGGCUUCGAAGAAUUUGCUCGACAUAUAAGUGAGGAUUUGCAGGUUGACCAGGACACCCGGAAUCAUCUCCACAUCGUGCAGAGUAUUCGCAGCCAGUCUGACUCAAUGAUUAGCCUUGCCGCCUGCGAGGCCCGGCAACUACCGGCUUUUGGGAUGUGUGAAUGUAACUAG